AUGGCAGGCAAGGUCGAAGAGGAAACGGCCGGAGGUCAUUCAGGGGAGACUAUUAGCAGUCUCCUAUUUCGUGUCGAAUUGACCAAAAGUUGGCUGGUUUUGAAAUCUGAUUGA